UUUGGCAACAUCAUGACAACAUACACGCCAACGUCACACGAUCAACCCAAGCACGACAAGCACCGAGCCCCCAUUCGACAGUCAGCAUUCAGACCAUAUGUAACCCACUAUCGAUGAAUCGACAAUGUUUGCCUCUCGCGUCACCAGUGCUGGUCUUGGGUCUGGACUCCUGUUAUCAGGGCCGAGGUAUCGGAAGAGUGACGGCGUGCUGUCUUCCGACUUACCCGUGCAACUCGCCCAACCCAACCGGACAACCUUCGCACACUUUGAUAAUGAGCCCGUCGAGUACACGCCUCCGUUCCCUCCUCGCAGUAAUUGGCAAUUCGUUUUCCUUCUUCUUCACCGACGAGAAUAAAUCGUCGACCACGGAGCGCUUCUUUGCUCAAGACAUGCCCCGCCUUGGUCCAGUGUUAGCGACGGCAGGUCGACCACAACGAAUCUCAUCCACAGCACUUUGCGUGUCAAAGGCAGCAUCACGUCCCGUGUUGAAGACUGGCACUUGGGUCCUCAAGCCAGCACGCAUAGUCAAAUGGGCCCGGUGUAAACAUUAUCAUGCCGACUCUGAUGCCUUCAGACGCCUGCGCCAGAGCCUAGUGACCACUCGAUGGUACGAGGCCUGCAGAGUUUGGAGGAGGUCUAUGCUUCCAGUAACCUGCGAAAGAAGAGCAAAGACUCAACAGUGAUUCAGCGGUCCUAAUGAAUUUGAUAAAUCCUGGCUGCAUGUGAACUUCGGUCUUUCAUCGCCAGAAUCCCUUCUAUUCUAAGAUGCGUCUCCUAGCGGCGAAACGUCAUGCCCCUCGAUGAGGAAGUCUCGUACCGAUCAGAUGCAGACCGCUCCUGUGAUUCUACUCUAAGCAAGACUACCCAGACGCAAAGACUGAUACUCGUCUCUGUUCAGCGAGUGGAAGCAAGGAGGAUAU